AGUCCCACUUUUUGCUUCAGUGAAGCGUCCGCAGACAAACGACGCUGACAGCAGAGGACACGCUCUCCUGGCACCUUAAACGCGAGGGCUGAAGCCGGGCGUGCAAACACAUCCAGGCUGCAGUUGUUUCCUGAAGUUUAACUUUUCACGGAAAUGCUUCACCUGGAGUUUUCCUUCGGGCGCUGAAAGUUUGGAGUUGGAGAGCGAGGGCGAAGCAGGGCGACGCUUCAAAUGGAGAGCGGCUAAACCAGUCUUUAAAGUUUCGUUACGGGUGUAGCUCCAGUGUGAGGUGGGAUGUCAAACCGUGACUCACUGGGGUUUGGGGACCUGCUUCCCCAGGACGUGGUCAACAUUUUUGCUCACGAGAAGCACAGCAAAAAGGGGCGGAAGAAGCGCACUCGUUCGCUGGGUCGCGCUUUGGGCUGGCUGAAGGGUAAGAGGAGGAAGAAUCUCAGCCUGAAUGAGAAGAACCCCGGGCUGGGUCCUGCUCUGGACCUGGCUUUGGAUGGGCACCCUGCUGGGAAUCAGGGUGGACACAAGGGAGGACAGAAGUCUGGAAGGCAGGCUCAUCUGCAGGGCAACAGCCAUGCUGCCCUAAAGCUAGAUGAUGAUGAAAAGACCCCAGCACCCCCGUUGUUCCAGGAGAAUGUGUUCAUUGAGUCCAGCAGGCCCAAGUACCUGGAGGACCUUCACACUGAGGCCCUGCAAGGAUUGAAAAUGAUGCAGGAGGAAGAAACCAAUAAUGGAGUGGAAUACCAGGACAGCGUAAGCACAAUUUCGACAAUGACGGCUCAAACAGAUGGAGAAAGUGCUGGGUUUAUGACGGACAGCACGAUUCCUGAUACGUCUUCUGUCGCCUCUGUGCAAUCGUCAGUGUCCACUAGAUCCUCCCGCUCUGGACUCACCAGACAAGGUUCAACAUUCAGACCUUUGAACUCUGGGAAAAAGUCAGAAAAGACCAGGACCAGAAGACGCCACAGGAAGACUGUUGUGGGUAUCCCACAUCAUGUUCAGAGAGAGCUGGGUCUGGACAGAGUUGACUGGAUACUGAAUCCAAAGUUAGAUGAGGAACAGCUUUUUAAUGGCGAGACUAAUCUCAGUCCAACUACAGAUGGGCAACAGAUGGGAUCACAGUCUGAAAAAGGAGCCAGUAUUAAUGUUCCAGGCAUAAGCAUCCAGCCUCUCAACAAGAAAAAUGUCAAGCAGCUCGGUGCUACCCAUGCUGCUCAUAGAGAUGAUCUCGCCCUGCUGCACCGCCUGCGUCCCGCCUUGGAAGAUGAUCAGAGGCCUCGAUCUUUAGCUGUACCCUGGUUGACCACUGCCUCCAGCCUUCAACAGGAGCUCCCCGUCAUGUCCAUGUCACCCCAGGCUGCUUACAUGUCCAAAAUCAUUCCCAAUGCCAUUUUGCCACCCGCAAUCGAUGUGGUGGAGAUCAGCCGUGGGCGUAGUCGGAACAGUGUCCGCACUGUCAGCAAAAGCAGCCUGAUGCUCUCCAGCCCAGCUCCGUCCCGUGCUUCUUCUAGAGCAUCUUCAGUGAGAACCUAUUCCUCCAAAUCGUCCACCAUCACCUCUGCCUCUCGCAACAAUCCUCCAAAUCUGUCUGACACAUCGUGUUGGAGUAAUUCUGACUCGUCCGAGACAUUGGUAUCUGACUCUUCAACCAUCUCCAACAGCAGCACCCCAAAACAAAAGAGAAAUGGCAAUGCUUCUGCUAAGAAGGACAAAGUUGAUGCUCACUCCUCUAUAAGCAAGGCCUCCAGCUCCAAUGGCAGGGUGAUCGUUAGGGGAGAUGAGGUUAAGAAAGACGGACAGUUUGUGCGUAGCCUCUCUGUUACGAAGCCAAAAAGGGCCCCUCCUCCUCCAAACCGCUCCUAUUCCCUCCACAGUAAAAUGAAGCGGCAGCCCCGUUAUCCAGCAGAGAUUAGGGUCCUGCCAGGAGAAAAUUCUCUCCACAGCAAUUCAGCCCCAAGUGAGGAAAGUGACCAAACCCAAUCUGACUCUCAUCCCUCCAAGACUCUGGACAGCCCUGGCUACAAUGCUGACACCAGUUCUCUGGAUGAUUCAAUGGGCUCUUCGUCAGUCGGUCCCUUUAAAACUCAGCUGCAGGCAAUCAAAAGAUCGAAAGAUGCUUCACAAGAGAAGCGGGAACUGCUUGCGGAGAAUAAGCUAAACAAUGUCAGUGGCAACUCCAGCCAAGAUGGCACAUCCCCACAGCUCACUAAACAAGCUAACGGUUCAUCUCCAAAGCAUAAGAACAGCAUUUUAACAAAGCUUCAAAAAGUAUUUGCUGGAUCCUCUUCAAUUAAGUCAGAGUCAUCUAAAUAUAAUAAGUGCACUGAGGAACAUAAAGCUGAUUCAAAAGACACUGUCAGUCCCUCUGUACAGGCCUUGAUAGAACUUUUCAAUAUCCCUCCACCACCUAAAAUCCAUGCACCUCCACCUCCUCCACCUGAUGUAUGGUCCCAUAGUUUGCGUUCAUGUGAGCUGAUCCUGGGACCCCCAGCCCCUGGCAAGACUUAUGCUAUUGCAAAGAAGAACCCGAAGGACCGGAGACAACAGAGGCAGUCUCCUGCAGCUGCUGAGGAGUUGGCUAAGAGCUUGGCAGUAGAAAGAAAGCACAAAAAUCCAUCAGUGACGACAGAGUCCGUUAAUGGAUCCCUACAUGUGCUCGAAUUGAAGAAAGUUCAAGAAAGUGGGAUUUUGAAUGCAGAGAUUUGCAAAGAUAGCAAUGAAAGACUGGCUCAGAAUGUAGAUUUGAAUGGACGUGGUAAUGAGAAAGGGAGAGUAAGUGAUAUGUUGAAUGGAAUGUUAAUGAAGGCUGUAGAGAGACGAGAAGAAAGACUUGCAGCAAUAAAAGAAGAAGCAGCUAAUAAAACAACCGGCCAAGCUACAGAGGUAAAGACUAACACUGACAGAGCACCUGCCAUUUCAUUAAUUCACGUUUCCCCAGCGCUAUCUGCUCCUCUGGUGCAACGUGUUUCCCAGCCCCUCCCCAGACAGACCACAGAAAUCAAUCCCAUUACAUCAGUAAAAGUUGUAUCCCCUGAAUCUUCCUGGCCCCCUCCACCACCACCACCGGCAUCAGGUAGCCCCAGUGGGCCAGAUGAAAUAGAUUUUCCUCUUCCUCCACCCCCACUGUUUGGUGAUGAUUCAUCCAUUAUACCUGUUCAGGUUCCACCAAAGUCCUCCCUCAGGAGUGACUCCUCUUGCACGACUACAUCGGUUAUAUCAGUAGUGAAAAAGGACAUCAUUAAGGUGGUCAUGGAGCCUGAACUUCACAAGUCCAGUACAUCUCAGGGGGUAGCGCCUUCUCCCUUAAAUAUUCCUCCUCCCCCACCAUAUACAGCACCCCCUCCACCACUUACAGAGGUUCUGCCUACUGCAACUGAUAAGGCAUCUCUGACACUUUCUCCACCACCACCUGUAGAGUUUGGUCCUGUAAUACCAAAAAAGCCACCUUCACCCGUGGUUCAAGAUGUGCCCCCACCUGUUAAAGACAUCUCCUCUACCUUAUUAACAUUAGUAUCUCCUUCACCAGCUAAAGUCGUCUCACCUCCUCUAGUUGUUGAGGUCUCACAUCUGCCACUCAAAGAGGUGUCUGCUCCGUCCUCUGAAGAGGUUACGUCUCCUCCUUCUCAAGAAAAUAUGUCUAACAUCUCUGAAGAGGCUGAACCCAUCAGCAAGCUCACUCCACCACAAAGUAUUCCACCUGCACCACCCCUGCCAACACAGCCAGAAUCAUCAGAGCAGAAGAUUGAGCUUCUACAAGAGAAGGUCUCCUUUGAACCUGAAGCUAACACAGUUUCAUCUAACAGUGUUCUUAUCCCCCCUCAGAAUAUUCCCCCUCCACCUCCCACAGAGCUUCUCCCACAAUCUCAGGUAGUAGCCCCAAAAACUGAGGUUCCACAAACUGUAGAGGCCUCAAAAACUGAUGUUCUGACAACAAAGGAGGCCUCACCUUCACCUCCAUUUGAAGUAUCAAUACCACCACCAUCACCACCUGAAACAUCUUCACCAGAAAAGACUCAAGUACCUGCUCCUUCUGAACCUGUAAACAUUCCUGUACCUCCACCUUUACCAGUUCAGGGGCAUGCCAGCAUUAAGGAGCAGCCUAUUCCUUUAAGCACAGAGAAUAAAACCCAAGAGCAGACUUCUACCCCAGUUGUGCAAGAAGAACCUAUUCCCAUUGUCACCCCUUCCCUCCUGCAGAUGGUCAAAUUGCGGUCAGUCAGCAGCAGCCCUGAGCCCCCCAAAGCUGAAGAGCAGCAACCACAGGCUGAGGUCACAAGCAGCAAUCAGUUCCCAUCCUCAUCUGCUAAUGGUGAGGCUCCUCAGAAGCCCAUCAGAAAAUCUCUAAUCAUGACCUCUUCUACACCCAUUCCUCCACCGGAAACAGUCCCUUCGCAACCAACUGUGCCCAAGUCCCAAGCUGCCGUGGUUCCUCCUUCAUCUUUGUCCAUAGCCACCUCCCCUACGAAAAAGACUUAUUCUGCCGUGAACACUAACCGUUCCAUGAACCUACAGGAAGCCAUCCGCAUGAGGACAGCAGCCAGAUCUCAACAAAGUCCAGUGUCUCGCCUUAGCUUGCAGCCUCCAACGUCACCACUGGACCUUCACAAGUCCCCCAGCAGCACUGCAAGCUUUAUCUUCUCCAAGAGCAACAGGAAUGUUGUGACUGAGACCAAGCCAAUGCCGGUGGCCAAGGAAGAUGUACAGAAGGGGACCAGUGAAGCAGAGUCAAUGAAUAAGGGAGCCAAGGUGCCACCACCUGUUGCAAAGAAACCCAAAACAAGGGGCAGCGAGGUUGAGACGAGUGAAGAUGUGGACCAAACUGCAAGACAGGAAGCGCAGCAGGAAAGUAUCAAAGAUGCUGCAGAGAAAACAAAUGGAACAGCUGGUACUGUUGAAGGAGGGUCGUCAUAAACAUGAUUAUAAAGACUGAAGGAGACCUCUGCAACUGGAUAAAGAUGGAUGAGAUGCUUCACUCAGAAACUGCUUUUUUUUUUUUUUUAAGGUUUUGGAGUUGUUUGAAUUUAAUGGUGUGGGUCCUAAUUUUCUUGAGAGCUCAUUUUGCAUUUUAUAAAGAGAUGUAUAUUUUCUUUACCAGAGGGUCUUUGUCGCCCUCUAGUGUCAAAUAGUGAUUGUACCACUUAUGUCCUGCUGAAUCAAUCCUUUAGUCAGUACUUGGAACAAUGGGACUUUUGGGCACUCAUCUGUAAAUAUAGCAGCAUUAUGUUUAUUUAACAUAUCGAGUAAUGGUGGAUUUCUUCUACAGAGUUAUGUUCUGUAUCUUUUCCAAAAGUUUCCACACUAAUUGUAUUUGUUCCAAAUACUAUUAAUUAUCUUAAGUUAUUUUUUCUGUCAUGUUUAGAGGACGACCUCUACAGACAGUCUUCUUUGCCAUUUUUGCUAAAGAAUGACAUAAUAAAACAGUCUGUUGCGUAGCUCUACAAGCAUGCAAAUUUAUAUUUUAGAUCACAGACACAUCACACACUAGAAUGAUUAUAGUGCACAUUUUCUGCUGCUUUUUAGUUACAGAUAAUGGAGGCAAUGCCUUUCUUCCCAGUUAUGGCUUAAACUGUGGGAUAUUUCUGUAUUGAACUAUAAUAUAUUUCAAACUGGUUUUGCAGACAACUGUAAGAAUCACCAUUUAUAAAGAAAAAUUAAAGAUUUAUCGAUAAACUAAAA